AUGGCAGCAAAUCAAUAUUUUUCUACUAGUGGGAGAUUAUUGCAAAGGGCUCUUCCUACAAAGGAUAAUCUUAGGAAAAGGGGAAUUCAGGUAACCACUGAGUGCGUAGUUUGCAAGAAUGGGUUGGAAUCGCAAUCCCACUUAUUUAGAGACUGUUAUGUAGCACAAUUGGUGUGGAAAAGCUCUCCAUUAGGGAUUAUAUCCUCAAAUGCGGCAAAUGUUAGAAUGGAGGAGUGGCUCAUGAGUUUCCUUUCAUAUUUUUUCGAUCAAGAUGGAAGAGAGGAGGGAAGAUUGAUUCAAUUUACUUCGAUUUUGUGGUCAAUAUGGCUGCAUAGAAAUGAUAUUUUAUUUCGAGGCGUGAGUGGAAGCCCUGAGACCAUUCUCAAGGCUGCACAGGCACACGUCCAUAGGUGGGAGCAGUUGCAAGAGUUCAAGAAGGCAACUAGCCAGGUAGUACAAGAGGUCGAUAAAGCGCAUAGGAACCAGAAGGUAUGUGUUUUCAAGAUGGGAAACUGCCAGUCGAAUAACUUCAUUGCAGUAGUGGUAGAUGCAGCUUGGAAAAAAUAUGAUAAAAUGUCUAAGAAACACUGGAUAGCUGCAGUAGGUUGGGAAGAGGAUACAAACCAACCCCCAAGGGUGCAAGGAGCCAUGAAAAUCUUUGCCCAGGACCCCAUGCAGGCAGAAUGUUACGCCAUCUAUUGGGGUUUGCAUCACGUAUCUCAGGUUGCAAGAAAUGUCCUACUCAAAUCUGAUUGCAGGGAAGUGGUUCAAGCUUUGCAGGAUCCAAGGAAAGCAAGCAAGCAUGUUGCCUCCAUCUUAGUAGAUAUCAAGAAUAUGGCUGCUUCUCUUGAUUACUUUGUUUGCAUUAAUGUAUGUAGAGAUCAGGUAGUAAAGGCUCACUCUCUUGCUCAACAAGAGAGGAAAUGCCUUUAG